GGCGUUGCAGUCUUUCUAAGCUUGAGGUCACCUCACUUUAACGCUCCCUCAUUCUCAGGCGUGGCCUCCUGGAGCGCCACGGCACUCGGCUGCCCCGCCGCGUCUUCUGGGUUACAAUAAAGUUUUCCUCCCUGUACGGAGCUCAAGAUGGCGGCCUCCUGGUCGCCCUUGGUUACCCUGCGCUCCGCCGCGCGCAGCCGGCUGGCUGGGAGAGGUGUUGGGUGCGGGGCGCGGGUCGUCGCAAUCCCUCCUCCGGCCCCUGGCCCCGGGAAACCCCUUUGGAAAGCCUACACAGUCCAGACGUCCGAGGGUGUACGCCCAUCAGCCGCUUCCGAGGCCCAUUCGAAAGCUUUGGCUGUUUGCCACGGGCCUCUGGACCACUACGACUUUCUGAUCAAAUCUCAGGAGCUGAGGGACGAUGAACAGCAAAGAAGAGUGGUGCAGUGUUUGCAGAAGUUGCAGGAGGACCUUAAGGGAUACAGCAUAGAGGAAGCAGGGCUCUUUUCAAAGCUUUUGUCAAGGAACAAACCUCCCAAGGGCCUGUAUGUUUAUGGAGACGUUGGUACAGGAAAAACAAUGGUGAUGGACAUAUUUUAUGCGUAUGUGGAAACGAAGAGGAAAAAGCGGGUUCAUUUUCACGGCUUCAUGCUAGACGUGCACAGAAGGAUACAUCGCCUUAAACAGAGUUUGCCAAAACGGAAGGCGGGAUUCAUGGCCAAGUCAUACGACCCGAUAGCUCCCAUAGCCGAGGAAAUCAGCCAAGAAGCUUCUCUCUUAUGUUUUGAUGAAUUUCAGGUCACUGACAUCGCCGACGCCAUGAUUCUGAAACAGCUUUUUGAAAAUCUGUUCAAAAACGGGGUCGUCGUUGUGGCAACAUCCAACAGACCACCGGAAGAUCUCUAUAAAAACGGACUCCAGAGGGCCAACUUCGUGCCAUUUAUAGCUGUCCUGAAGGAAUACUGCAAUACGGUCCAGCUGGAUUCUGGGGUGGAUUAUCGGAAAAGGGAACUCACCCCUGCAGGAAAACUCUACUACCUCACAAGUGAGGCUGAUGUGGAGGCUGUCGUGGAUAAGUUGUUUGAUGAGCUGGCUCAGAAACAAAAUGAUUUAACUAGCCCAAGGAUUCUGAAAGUGCAAGGCAGAGAGCUGCGGCUGAAUAAGGCCUGUGGAACCGUUGCCGACUGCACAUUUGAAGAACUGUGUGAGAGACCACUUGGAGCAAGUGACUAUUUGGAAUUAUCGAAGAAUUUUGAUACAGUAAUCAUACGAAACAUUCCACAGUUUUCACUGGCAAAGAGGACGCAAGCGCGAAGAUUCAUCACCCUCAUUGAUAACUUCUAUGACUUCAAGGUGCGCACCAUCUGCUGUGCCUCAGUUCCGAUCUCGAGCUUGUUCCUGCAACAGCCUCACGACAGUGAGUCGGACCAAAGCAGAGUGCUGAUGGACGACCUGGGGCUGGGCCAGGACUCAGCGGGGCUCUCCAUGUUCACGGGCGAGGAGGAAAUCUUUGCCUUUCAGCGCACCAUUUCCCGGCUCACAGAGAUGCAGACCGAGCAGUACUGGAUUGAAGGGGACAGAAGCCGGAAGUGACUGUCACUUUCACAAGAACAAUAAAAAAGGUGGCUGGCUAAGGGGAGACAGCGAGAUGUGACAGGAUCGUUUCCUCGUCAGUUAUGCACUUUGCCCUCUGGUCUGCUGCAUCUGAGGCAGUGGACAGGCACCCUGAAGAAGAGCCAUGGUUAUUUAUGAAGUAGAAUCAUGACUCUUGAAGAUUAAUGCAAAACCUGACAUGUUGGCGCCCGACUGAAUCGUGAACGUAUAGGCAGGGAAUGCAGGAUGCUUGUGCAUCUCCAAGCCCCGGCUGCACCGUAGUCACGCCUUAGAAAUACAUCCGCCAUAAGAAGCAGGUGGAAUCCUACUUUUUGGGUUAAAACAAAGCUUUCUAAACAUAAGCUGAAGGGAAAAGCAUCUUCCAUUGGCCUCUGUAUUUCUCUUUGUUGUUGGUUGUGAAUGGCAAUAAACUUCAGGCCUCCAGGUUUCCUCAUCCCUAGAGAGAACCUGUGUCUAACCGGUAGAUCUGGGUUGGCAGGUAGUACCUGACCCCGUGAGGAUGUGGGUUACAAAACCAUCAGGUAAGGAGAAGUGGAGAUGGCUCAGCGGUGAAGAGCACUGACUGCUCUUCCAGAGGUCCUGAGUUCAAUUCCCAGCAACCACUUGGUGACUCACAAACAUCUGUAAUGAGAUCUGACGCCCUCUUCUGGAGUGUCUGAAGAGAGCAAUAGUGUACUCAUAUACAUAAAACAAAUAGCUUAAAGAAAAAAAAAGGAGCAAGUGGAAAAUUCCAACUUAUAGGCAGGUCACCCUCUGAUAGACAGCCAAAGUGGGACAGGUACCAGCAUCCUGAUGGGUAGGAAUGCUGGAGGAGGCAGGGCCCCAGCCCCAGCUCCAGCCCCAGCAGCGUGGACCACCCCAUCCCCCGGGGUUCCCACUCUGUUCACCAGCUUCUGCUUGCACUACAGAGUCACUCACUGUCCUUGAUCCCGAGUUGCAGUUUCAUAGGAAACUGGAAAGGACACUUGACAAAUCUGUAAAUAAAAGCUGAUUUCUCCUUCA